GCGGGGAGGCUCCCGCGGCCCCGGGCCCGCCAGCGGUCCCGGCGGGGGGUGCUGCAGCACGGGCCCCUCCCGCCCGGCGCCGGGGAGCCGGCGGCCGCCUUGUUGGUUCCCGCCCUGGGACGGGAGGCUCCGUCCGCUCCCGGGGCAGCCUGGGCGCUGCCUCCGCCUCCCUCCCGCGCGCUCCUUCCCGGUGCGUUUGCCGGGAGGUGCUCCCCUCGGGCGGCGGGGAACGCGGGCUGGGCUGCCGCUCCUCCUGCUAUGAUGCCUGGGCAGAUUCCAGACCCUUCCGUGACUGCGGGCUCUCUGCCGGGGCUCGGCCCCCUGACCGGACUCCCCAGCUCGGCCCUGACAGCGGAGGAGCUGAAGUACGCCGACAUCCGCAACAUUGGGGCCAUGAUCGCCCCUUUGCACUUUCUGGAGGUGAAACUGGGCAAGAGGCCCCAACCCGUGAAAAGUGAGCUAGAUGAAGAAGAGGAGCGAAGGAAAAGGCGCCGGGAGAAGAACAAAGUGGCGGCAGCCCGAUGCCGGAACAAGAAGAAGGAGCGGACGGAGUUCCUGCAGCGGGAAUCUGAGCGGCUGGAACUCAUGAAUGCGGAGCUGAAGACCCAGAUCGAGGAGCUGAAGCAGGAGCGACAGCAGCUCAUUCUGAUGCUGAACCGGCAUCGCCCCACCUGCAUCGUCCGGACGGACAGCGUCAAGACCCCCGAAUCAGAAGGGAACCCGCUGUUGGAGCAGCUAGAGAAGAAGUGACCAUGGGCUGGGAGAAGGAAGAGGAGGAAGAGGAGGAGGAGGAGGAGGAGGAUUUGGGAAGAGGGGGGAGGACGAGGGGUCCCAGAGGGCCCUUCCUUGCUGCAUGACAAACUUUACAAUGAGGCUCAGCACAGCCAGCGCUGGCCGGGCUUUUUUGUGAAACUCACAUCAGCCACACAAGGGGAAGAACGGGCUGACGAAACCUAGAAGGACCAAGCGCUGAGACCAAAGUAGACCCACGGUGGGGCUGUCCUGCCUGGGGCCCAGCUGGAAGGAGGCAGGACAGAGGCCCCCGGCCAGAGAGACACCCAACCAAAUGGCCUCUCCACCAGGGCACCCGCCGAGGGACCUCGGAGCAGCCAGGAAAAGCCAUGAGUUGCAAACAAACAUGCGGCUGGGGAUGGAACUGAGUGGGACCACAGCCUGCCUGCCCCCAGCCCUGCCCCCCCUGACCCUGAUGCCAGGCUGGAGCGGGCGCCACGUGGGGCCCAGCCGUACCUGCCCCCGUGGGUCCAGCGCGGCCUUGCCCGGGAGCGGCAGCCGGGGCGCGCCCUCAACGGCCCCGCUGGAGUCUGCUGUGGGCACGAGGCGCGGGCGCCCUUCCAAAGCACAUACUCACUGAAUGUUUACAGACUGGCUGUCCUGGCAGGGCUUUUCAACUGCACAUGUUUUUUUAUACUUUCUUUCUUUUUUUUUUUUUUUUUAAUAUUUUUUACAAAAAAAAAGAUUUUAUACAAGCAAUAUAUAUAUGGAUUUCUAUAAUCACUCGAUGUGAUAUAGUAUAAAUAUGCUAUGGUUUGUUUGUUACGAACAGAUAUCCAGCAGUUAUGGCCAUCGUGUGUAACUCCUAAGUACUGUAGUAGUCUCUGGGUGUCGGGGUGGCAGGGGCGGGCAUGGGGUGCGUUUCCAUCCUGGUAAAUCCUUCACAGUACUCAGUCCUGUAUCGCUCAGUAAACGUUACUCUUACUUACUCA